GUGAAUGUAAAACCUAUGGGAACAAAGGCUGUUAUAAAGAUCUGGAAGUAGCUUAUCUGAAUGCUGGAAUGAAGUGUCUGCUGAAAAUUUGUUAAGUCUUAUUCUACAGGUAUCAGUGCCUCCUGUUUCAAGCUGAAUUCUCAUUUCAUCUAGCCCUAGAUGAGAUUUCCUAGUGCCAUGGAAAAAUAUAAUAAUACAGUCGUUGAAUUUAUCCUGGUGGGAUUCACAACAGACCCUGUGAUGCAGCUAGUCCUGUUUGUGAUUUUUCUCGCCGUGUAUGCAAUAACUGUGUUAGGAAACAGCACCCUGAUUGUCUUGAUCUGCAAUGACUUCCGGCUCCACACACCCAUGUAUUUCUUUAUUGGGAAUCUGUCUUUUCUGGAUCUUGGAUUGUCCACAGUCUACACUCCAAAGAUUUUGGUGACCUGCAUCUCUGAAGACAAGAGCAUCUCCUUUGCUGGCUGUGUGGCUCAGUUCUUCUUCUCUGCUGGACUUGGAUACACUGAAUGUUACCUUUUGGCUGCCAUGGCUUAUGAUCGUUAUAUGGCCAUCUCAAAGCCUCUGCUUUAUUCACAAUCCAUGUCCUUAAAGCUAUGUGCAUUUUUUGUGGCAGCAUCAUAUCUGGGUGGUUUAAUUAACUCUUUUAUCAUCACCAAAGACACCUUUUCCUUGACUUUCUGCAGUGACAAUGUAAUUGAUGACUUUUUCUGUGAUAUCCCACCCCUGGUGAAGCUGGCCUGUGGCAAGAAGGGCAGCUUCCAGUCUGUGUUGUUCUUCCUCUUGGCUUCCAAUGUCAUCAUCCCCAUUGUGUUUAUCCUGGCCUCUUAUCUCUUCAUUAUUGCCACGAUCUUAAGGAUCCGCUCCACUCAGGGCCGACUCAAGGCCUUCUCCACCUGCUCUUCCCACCUCAUUUCUGUGACCUUGUACUAUGGCUCCAUUCUCUACAUUUAUGCUCGUCCCCGGUCCAGCUACUCUUUGGAUAGGGACAAAAUUGUUUCAACCUUUUACACAGUGGUUUUCCCUAUGUUGAAUCCCUUGAUCUACAGCCUGAGGAAUAAGGAUGUGAAAGAGGCUCUGAAUAAAUUGUUCAAAUAAUCAUGAUCAUCUUCUGCAGAGGAGCAAACAUGAGUUUGAUUGGUAAAUUGUAUGUAUAGUAGUGCUUCCACCACUGCCUGCUAUGGUCAUGAGUUCUUGUAUUAGCUUUCCUAAAUACACUCUUUUUGUAUUUAUUUAUUUUUAUUUAAAUUAGAAACAAGCUUCAUUUACAUGCCACUCCCAGUUCCCUCUUCCUCCCCUCCUCCCCUGCCUGGCACCAACCCCCUAUCCAAACCCUUUUCUGCUCCCCAGAUAGGGUGAGUCCUUUCAUGGAGGAUCUUGAAUUUGGAGAUCCUAAAUACACUUUUGAGAAGGACAGUUCAUAUUAUCCAAUUUUAAAAAUUAGAAAAAUUCAUGAGAUAACAUUCAAAACCAAAACAUAUAUAUUUGAAUUAAUUUUUAUGGUAUUCCUGAGUCAAAACAAAUAAUCAAAAGACUUGCUCUCCUAAAGACUCUUCUAUCUUCAUAAAAUUACAGAUUCUAGUCUGUUUUCCUUGAACUAAAGUUAGAUUGGCUCUUCUUACAGAAUAGACUUACUAUAUUUCUAGACCAAUUCACUGUAGGUGUCCCUAAUGAUUUUUCUACAUUUGGAUCUUACCUGUUUUCUGCCGUAUUGUACUAUGGUUCAUUUGUUUCAUUUGAUCCCUAUCACUCAUAAUCUUUGCAACAUAAUUGUUGUAAAGUAAUCUAUGUUCCAUACUGUGAUGGUUCUAAUGUGAAAAGUAAACAUGUUGAAGAAGCAUUGAGGCCAAUCUUGGUAAAAAUUUUGUAAAAUCAAAAUGUUUGCAAAAAAUAUUUUUUUCAAAAACUAUUGCUGUGUACUUGUU